AUGUUGCCUCCCUCUCCUCCCUCGUCCCGCCUCAUGUGCCCUCCCCGAGACUACAGUGACUGUGUCGGAAGGAGGAGGGUGGUGUUGGAAUGUGCCACCGACGGCGCCACGGCAACCAUCUCUUGGUCCCACACCUCCCUCGUCUCCCUUCCUAACAACAGCUAUAUUCUGCCGGCAGGACCUCUGGUGAUAGAGAAUGCCACCGUUGCUGACAGCGGUCACUACGCCUGUAGUCUAUUUGACUCCAAUGGCGCGUUUGUCGCUGCUGCCUUUGCCCCUCUCACCGUCACAUCAUCUCCCACAGUUACAGUAACAGGGUUGGAGACGGUGACAGAAGGCUCACAUCUCUCCCUCUCUUGCUCAGUCACCUCAACUUCUCCAGACCCAGUGACAGUAGUGUGGUUCAAAGGUCAUGUGGUCCUCCCGUCGUCCCAACACGACACCAUGGGAACCGUCAUCAACACAUUCUCCCGGGACUCCGCCCACCCCAACGACACCGGACUCUACCAGUGCAUGGCCUACGACUCUGCCGGGUGUGGUCGUGCAGUCGCCAUGGUAACAGUUGAAGCCACACCCCCAACGACCUCACCCCCGCCUCCGCUGACAGUCUCGGCUACUCUCCUCAACAGUACCUUUGGUCGCUGUACGGUGGUUGGAGAUAUAGCAAACAUGGGCAUUACGUUUGGAGUAUGGGAGAUGGAUGGGGAGAUACUCGACUACUUCAGCAGCACAGACGGAAACAGCACACACAUCGUGAAGGACACUCAAUUCUCUGCAUCGGGGCUGUACAUCUGCAAGGUUUUGCUGGUGUCCAGCGACAGCAUCAGCGACUCUGUGCUCUAUUUACAGCCCACCUCACCCCCACCGCACUCGACUGUUGUUGAUGCCACGCCUACCUCCUCGUCGCCCGUGGCAACAUCCCUCCCCUCUCCUCCUCCGCCAAGUUCUCCGGUAACGGUCUCGGUCAGUGUGGUAGGGUCAGUAGCCCACUGCAUCGUGCGCGGCGAUAUCUCUCUCGUCUUCACCGGACUCUGGUUGCUGGACGGAGACCUACACGGACAAUUCCUAGUCCCUUCUGGCUCCCUGUUGGUCUUCUUCACGUCCACACACCUCUCGGAGGCGGGAACCUACACGUGUCAGGUGGCGCUCACCACGGGGAUUUUCGUCACGGAUUCAGUGGACUAUUUGGUUGUAGCCACUUCGGUCCCUCCAGUGGAAGUAACUUCUUCGUCUGUGGAUCAACCAAGUCCAACCUCCUCCCCUACGGUGCCUCCUCCUAGUCCUCCAGUUACAGUCACUGUCACGGUGUAUGGUUCCAUGGUCCACUGCGUCGUCCAGGGUGACCUCUCUCUCAUCUUCACCGGUCUCUGGCGGGUGAACGGAAACAUCAGGGAGUAUGUCCCCGCUCCCCCUGACACCAACGUACCGUUACUCUCGUAUUCAACCGACCUGUCUGAGGACGGUACCUACACAUGUGUGAUAGCUCUCACUGGAGGUCUUUUGGUCGAGGACUCCGUGGACGUUCUCCUACCGACCACCCCACCAUCUCCUUCUCCCUCCCCCACGGAACCUGCUCUGUAUGUCGCUCUGACCGUCCAGAAGCUAUCGACCAGCGUCAAGUGCAUUGUAGACGGAGACAUCGAUGCCAUCACUACCUCUCUGUGGAUUGUUCACCGCGAAGAUGGAGUCUUGUCUAACUUUCCUUUCAGUGUCGACACGUCGAGGUCGUUUUUCUACUCAUCUCUCCCACUGUCUAUGUAUGGCACCUACACAUGUCACGUUACCCUGUCCAACGAGGAAUGGCUGACUGGAUCUGUUGAGCACCCGCCCCCUCCCUCCCCCUCUCCCUCCCCCUCCCCCUCCUCGACUGUUCCAACACUCCCGCCGGUUGUCGAUCUUCGUCGUAUCGAGGGUGGCUACAUGGUUUGCAGAGUUGAUCUUGCUCGGAACGAAAUAUCGAACAUGAUGUUUUCUCUUGACGGGAUCCCAAUUAACGGAGAGCCGGUGUUUGGAGAGACUACAGCGGCACUGACGACGCUCGCAACGGACCCCGGCACGUACCUCUGCAUCGUGACCACGACAGAUGGGCGGAUCCUCACCGCGCAAUACGACGUCACUCCUCCCCCUACCACGCCCACGAUCCUUCCUCCGCCCGCCUCGUUGACGGCAGAGUGGGUGUACAGGGACGAUGGGAUUCUGGGGAACGUUCGAGUGACGUGGGAGGAGCCGGCGCUGACUGUGGGGCUGUUGGGAUACAAGAUAAACUGGGAUCCUCCUGCACUUGUUGAGAAAGUUGGUAGAAAGUUCCUGGGGAGAGAGGUGUACCAGUACACCAUUACCACUGAUUUGGACGUGGAGCUGCCCUACGUCAUUCUAGUGUGGGCCUUCACCAGCAGCGGAGACCAGGAGGCAGCACGCUACGAACUACCUCCAGCAAUUGUGGUACCACCCCUGUGUCCAGAGCCCUGUCCCUCUUCCAGCGUCCUCCCCUCUCCCUUCCCUCUUCCUCCUCUGAUUCUAACAGACUGUGAGGCAGUCUCUCCCAACUCUGCCACUCUCUCCUGGCAGAUCAACAAGAGAGAGAAAGAGAUGGUAGAAGUGAGCUACGGGUGUCAGGCGGCCGGCACCAACCACUCCACCACUCUCCCACUGGACGCGAGCACGUCGCUCACUCAGCUCCUCCCCAACUGCCGCUACGUCGUCCGGUACCAGUCCGACUCCUGUGUCCUGACCACACCCCCUGGACCAAUACCGGCAAAUUUCAAUGUGACAUUAGUCGAUGGAGCGUUAGUGGUGACGUGGUGGGGACUUCCCCCUGAGCUGGGCGGGGUCUCCGAUGAGGGUGUCAAGGUGGAGGUGAACGUGAGUGGAGAGUGGGUGGAGGUGGGCGGAGAUAAUCCCCACACCCAUUAUUCAACCACACCCGGCAGAAAUACCAUUCAUAUCAGGUUCUCAAUCGGAGAAUGGAGCUCCAUACUCUCCGUCCCUGUGACCACCCCCACAACUAACGAGACCACGCCUACCCCGACAGACACACCCACAACUAACGAGACCACGCCCACCCCGACAGACAAGACGACGGACUCCUCCCCAUCUCUGGAGGACCAGGUGUUCUUGUAUGGGACGGUGAUAGCAGUGGCCGUCCUAGUGUGUGUGGUGGUGGUGGUUGUCAUCCUGGGCUCAAUGACGGACCACAGGCUGUACCAGAAACAGCAGUUCCACAGAAUGAGUUUGGAGAAGUCGUCUCUCAAGAAGCAGACCCCCUAUUCCAAUGGACUCAACGGAAGUAGCACACGUGCGGAAGGGUGUAAGAUGAGCGGGCUCGACUCUGAGGGGGUUUUCGCGCGGAAACUGGCUUCCAACGACUCGAGAACGAGGGCAAAGACGCUCCGCCGUCUCAAGAAGUGGAUGACUGCUCGCUGCGAGAACGGUUUCACAGAGCUCCAGAUGAUGAAGCUGUGGAGAGGGCUCCACGUCUGUAUGUGGCACUCUGACAAGCCACUGGUGCAGGAGGAACUGGCAGAUAGCCUGGCAUCCUUUAUUCACGUACUGGAGGACAGGGAAGUUGUUCUGCUGUUCAUAAAGUGUUUCUUUGCAAUAAUGGUACGAGAGUGGCACGGUAUCGACCGACUGAGACUGGACAAGUUCUACAUGAGGUGCGUUCUUUUCUCUCUGUCCAGUUAUGUGAAGUCACUGGCAAAGGUUCUUGCAGCUGGUCCACUGAACCCUGACCUCAGUAAGACGUGCAGUGGAAUACAGCUGCAUGUUCUGGAGGUCUAUCUUCCUGAGCUCCUGGCUGUCGCCGCAAACUCCGUGAUACCAGGAGACUGUUCGUGUUGGCUCCUACAGCCUUGCUGCGAUCUUCUCGCCGGAACCAAGGAUCCAGUGGUGGCAGAGGUGGUCGAGUCAAGAGUCCUCUCACAGCUCGUGGUCGGCAAGAAAGCCAGCAAACUCAACGUGGAUGCACAUGUGAUGUCAGAGAUGCUGCUGGGACUGGCGAUCAGGAGAGACACGGUCAGUCGAAACAGACGAUCUCUCUACCAUCUCAGACAGAGGUUCCAGGACUUCGCCAAACACCAGCAGGAACAGGUGACGGAGACAUCCGACCAAUCAGAUGAGGGCAUUGAGGUCGAUGUGGCUGGGGAAGUGAUGGAGAGCGAAGAGAGAAAGAGAGACAGAGCUGGUAACAAGGAUGAUAAAAUGAAGAAAGAAGAUGAGGAAAGCGAAAUGGAGGAGUUGGAGGAUGAGGAAAGGGUAGAGAAAGAGGGGGGAGGAGGAGGAGGGGGAGGAAAUGGCGAAAGAGGAGGAUGAGGAGGAAGAGAGGGAAGUGAGGAAGGAGAUGAAGGUGAAAAGGACCACCUGUGGAGCGCAGAGAUACAGAGACAAGCUGGAACUAGCUCGACUGAUAAGGAGGAGGUUGAGGAGGAGGAAGGCAAGGGGGUGGGCAUGGGGAAAGAGAGUGGUGGUGAACUACGGUGUAUGGA